AUGUCGAUUCCGGGGGUCGAGCCGGGCCUCGUGCCUCAGUAUAUUGGAUAUCAAAUGCAAAGUACGGUCAUCGCUUUCAUGGUUUUAAGCAUAAUCUUCGUAUCUCUUCGAAUUUUUGCGCGAUACGUCAGUGGCUCGAGGGCGGGCAUUGAUGAUAUUUUGAUAAUACCAGCGAUUGUUUGUUACCUUGGGCAAGGAGUCACUGGUUUAUCUUCAUUUUUGGCAUUGAUACUUUGCUCCCUACUGCAAUGCGCUCCACUGGCAUAUCUCUGGAAUAAGUCCGGGCAUCCAGGUGGACAUUGCUUCGAUACUGGGGCAUUUUGGCGUUAUGGAAGUCUUCCUAAUUUGAUCACCGAUCUGGCAAUGCUGGUUUUACCGCUGCCUUGUAUCUGGAGGCUUAAAUUAUCGCAAAAGGAUAAAGUUGGCCUUUUGUUCACAUUCAUUACUGGUAGCAUGAAUCUAUUCCGCACAUUUAAAGAAAGAGCCGGCCUCACCACCAGAGGUAGUACACAAAACACUUGGGGCUCCAAAAAAGAAAGUAGCGGAAUGGAGCUUCCCUCGAGGCUCAAUGUUAAGAGCACUUUGAAUGGUUUCGAGGAGCUUAGUGAUGAAGAGUUGAUUUCUCAAAGAAUUUCGAAGAACAAUAACUCAAUAUACGUCCAAGCGAUGGAGAAUGGUCAUAGAGAGGAUUCGGAAAAUCAGAAUUCUAGCAGGGAAAUCCGGGUGCAGAGAGAUGUUAUAAUCGAUACUGUAUCUAGGUAA